UGAAUGUGUGUGUGUGUGUGUGUCCCAGCUGACUACUACCACCACCACCAGCACCACUACGCCUCACCCGUUCACUCACUCAUCACUCACACACUCACCAUGAGCUGCACAGGGGCCAUACCAAAGAGAGGCGCCAGGCAAGCCAAUAAGGACAAGGACAGCACAGAUGUGAUCGGCGAGCCUCUCGAUGAGUUAUACAUGAAUGUCCCCAACCAGGGCGGUGACUGGAGGGUUCCUGCACUGCACAAGUACUGGACACAGAAGGGUACGUACCUCAAGUAUGUGCGUCCACCUCCCCCUGUGCUGCCUGACGGGUCGCCCCCUCCCGCUGGUGCCAGUGAGUCCUGGAUUGAGCAGAUGGAGCUAAUGGAGGAGGAUCUGAGGGGCCUCCUGCGUCUCCCACACCACAAAUUUUGGUCACAGAUGAUUUACGACCCAAACGUGCACCUGUGCCUGGAGUCGUACCUGUCGCAAUGCCCCCGAUGGUAUGAGGAGAUGCAGGUUGACCGGCUAUGCAAGGACAUGGUCGCCUCACUGCACCGCCUUGUUCUGCUCAUCUACCUCCGCCUUGCCACACCUCGCGAGUCACAGACCAGCCACAUCACGCCAGCAGUCUUCGCACAGAUGAUCUAUGAGAAUUUCCUCAUAGAUGCGUGUCAGUUGCUGGACCUCAGUGUGGUGUACGGCCCCUCCUGUGGUCCCCUCCUGACCCGCAUGUUUGCCUGUGUGUUCCGCCACCAGCCUAAGUACUACCAGGACCUCAUACACACUGUCUCCUCCAUAGCCUUGGCUUUAGAGGGAGUGGAGGACAAGUUGCGAGUGUCGGAUUACGAGAUUCCUCUGCCCCUGGACGCGGUGAUGGAGAAUCUCUCAGUGCCAGACCUUCAGACAGUGGUGCUCUUCCUCCUCGACACCUUCUCCUCCCUCCACCUCUUCCUCAGCCUCCACCCACCAGCUGCCAAGUGCUUCCAGGAUGAUGUGAAUGAGCUAAGGAUAGCCUCCUUCUACGAGAGGGUUGUGUCUGCCAUCACCAGCCAGCUGCGAGAGUUGAGCCAAGGGUUGGAGCUGAAUCCUCGCCUCGUCAAGGAGAUUAACUUGAUGAGGUCCUCCAUGCUGGCCACCUUCAGGGCUCUUCUCCACCAUAAGUGCCUUGCCCCCCUCCAGGAAGAGAAGUCAGGAACAGCCGCGGUGGGGGGGUGCGUGGAGCGUUUCCUGCACAUCAUGACCACCUGUGUCGGGGAGAAGGUCUUCAUCACGGACUACUGCUCGGCAUUCCCCAUCGAUGACGACAUCAAGAUCUUCAUGGACAAGGAGGGGGACAUCACCAGCCUCACCUUUGUGCGCGAGGCAAUCACCACUGUGCUGAAAGAGAUGGGCACCUCCCCCCGCGUUGGUGCCUUUCCCUUGGAGCACCUGGGCCUCUCUGAUAGCACCAAGCCUUCUGAGGACCCCAUGAACACCAAUGACAUGAAUGGGUAUGCCCAGGAAGGUACUGCAGCCUCCACACCCGACCUGGAUGUGGCCGCAGGUGUGUCGAGCGUGCAAGAGCUCCUACCUGACCUGGGCGCUGGCUUCAUUAGGGAGUGUCUCAGGUACUACAACCACCGACCAGAGGAGGUCAUUAACGCUCUUCUGGAGGAUAACUUGCCUCCGUCCCUGGCCAACCUUGACCGCUCUGCCCCCCUGCGCCCCUCCACACCACCCCCGCCUGCUGAGGAGGAGAGCCAGGAGGUGCCGUCGCUGGGGAUCCUGGAGCAGAGGGCCAACGUGUACGACAACGACGAGUUUGACCUGUUUACAAGGAAGGAUGUUGACCGUUCCAAGAUCCACAAGGGGAAGAAAGCCACUACCACCAGGAAGCUUUUGUAUGAGAAGGAUGAGGCGACUAUAGACAAGCUGAAGGAGAUCGGCCGUCAGUACGAAGAGCGAGGAGGAACCAGCAUUUACGAGGACGAGUUUCGCUACGAGAACGAGGAGGAGUACCGGGCCUGGGACUAUGACGACGAGUACGAUGACACUUACGAUGACAACGAGACUGGCGACAUUGACGAGCUGGGGCCGGAGAAGGUGGUGAAGAGACGGCCGGGCAUCAUCGGGGCAGGCCGCCUCAACACACACAUUGACUACAGACACUCCAACAACUCAGAGGAGGAGAAAAGUGAUGGGGAGGCGGAGGAGGACUCGGCAAAACAACAACAGCAGCAGCAAGAGGAGUCAAGCAGUGAUGGCAUUCAGGCAAGAUGGACCAAACACCAACCUGGCGCCAGACCCAAGCAGGCCCCAAAGACCAACACUCGAGGAAUACAGAGAGUGUUCACCAAAUCUAGUAGUAAACCCAGCAAGGCUCACACACCCACGCCAGAGAGGGAGACAGGCGCUGGUGAGGAGAAUGGGGAGCACGCCAGCACGCCUCCACCACCACCACGUCCCGCCUUCCAAAGCUUCUGUGAGAACCCAGAGGUGACGAGGCAGCGGGCGGAGCAGAGGCGCAGGGACAGGGACUACAAUAGAGGGCACAGAGGGCGAGGUGGCGGGGACCAAGGGUGGAGGGAGUCACGGCUGACCAACGGGGUGGAGAACGGGGGUGAGGGCGGCCCCGGCAGACCCCGAGUGGGCAGCACCAAGCACAGCGGCAAGGGGUGGAGGCACGGUGAUGGCGGCGACGAAGACCGGGGAGGCUACCGAGGGGGCAAAUACAAGGAGGACACCAACCACGGUCGUGCCCAGAGCCAGCAGCACCGACACAAGAUGGUACACAAAAAUGAAUACAAACGCCAGGGUGCUCAGGCAAAGUUCAACCGUAACAACUGAACACCACACGACGCCCUGGAGCCUUGAACACCAGGAGGCAACCACCAUGUCCCUCUCCAACCCUAGCCACCACUACCACCACUACCACCUAAGACACAGCACAGAUACACAAAUAGAAGCACAAGUGUAGGUCAGGGAGGGAUCAGAGGGAGGACUGGCUUAGUUUUGCUCUUGUUUGGAAGGUAAGAGGGUGUGUGUAGGUUGAAUAAGGGUCUGUAGAUGUUGGAAAGUAGAGUUGUGUCAUCUGUAUCUUGUUAAUUUACAUAUAUUAGGGAAAAAAUGGGGAAAAAAACUUGCUAUUUAUUUUAACUAUGUUUGCAAUUCAGGAGUUUGAUAAGAAAUCAGAGGUGCUUGAAAUAGGAAAGAGAGAGGAAAAGAAAUAUCAGGCUGUUUAAUAUUAGUGAAGUUAAAUCAUUCAUACACUCUUUCUGUCAUUAUCUGGUAAGUUAACCUCUCUCUCUUCACUGUCCAUAAACUUACAUAGAGAAAUUGCUUCAGGUAAAAAACAGAACUUAAAAAUCAAAUCUUCAGAGGAGACAUUACCAGAAACCACAAGAGAUAUCAUUGUUUUGCUGCUAGAUAUGAUUGAGGAACAGAAAAGAGGAUCAGUAUGAACAUAAGAGCUUGCAUUCAUGGGGGUAUGGGAGAGAAGACAGGAGUAUGAUCAGAAGAGCCUGGGUUUCUAUGUUCUUUGACUGGUUGUGGGUAAAGAAGAGAAGAGGGAUGGUACGAAUAUAAGAACAAGUAUAUUUAUGUGUUCUUUAGGUAUGGGUGGGGGAGGGGGUGAAAAGAGGAAUGGUAUGAAUAUAAAAGCUGUAUUCAUCUGUUCUUAGCUAGGUAUGGGUGAGGGAAAGGACAGGCCAUAGGUGUAACCAUUAGAUUGUACAAGGCUCUGGUGUCAAUGUUUGCUCACUGCCUGUGUUCUAUUUGAAGACAACACUGGGCUGGCUUCUAUAUAAACAAAAAGCCUUGAAGAAGUGCCCACAUGUCUCCCUGCAGUUCCUUAUUCACUUCACUCAUGCUUGCAGAGUUUGCUGAUCCAUCUCAUUCACCAGACAUGACAUGGGAAUAGAUUAAAAAGAUACAGGUUCUUUCAAAGGUCAAUUUCCUGCUAUUCCAUUUGACCUUAACCAGAAAAUUCAGUUAAUCAGUGAUAUGCUUGGUAAAACCCUCCAAAUUUCUCUUGCUUUGAUUUUGACUUGUACAUAUAAAUGAUUUUUUGGGGAAUGUAACCAGGGUGUCCUCUCAUGUACCUAUGAGGACAGUGACUCACAUAAAGGACUGUAUUCUGAGACACUUCUUUCUCGCAUGCACCUCCACUACUCUCAAAGGCUCUGGUUGAAACUACAUGGGUUUCCAAGGGUGUUUUCUUACUCAUAGUGACAGAUUAACAAGAUUUCUGCUUUAUUAUGUGGAGAAACACUCUUGAGAACAUGGCUAAUCAUCGCUGUGGCCUUUGAGAAUGAGUGGUGAGUGAGUGGUUUCAGAAUCCAGGCCAGAGAGGCAAGGGUGACGGUGGCACAGUGCCAACCCUCACAGCAAGUUUCCUGUUCAUGUCUGUGAUCAGCCUUGUGAUAUAAACUCGUCUCUUUAUAUAUAUACAGCAUAUAUAUAUAUAUAUAAAACAGUGUACUUGUGUGUACUGUACUGUACUGUACCUACCACUCCAUUAGAGGCACACACACACACACACACACACACACACACACACACACACACACACACACACACACACACACACACACACACACACACACACACACACAAGGGAAGUUAUGAGUUGGAAAUAUGAAAAGUCCAGCUCAUGAUCCUAAACACACACACACACACACACACACACACACACACACACACACACACACAAGGGAAGUUAUGAGUUGGAAAUAUGAAAAGUCUAGCUCCUGAUCCUAAACACACACACACACACACACACACACACACACACACACACACAGCUAGGCAUUAAGUACCACUAUAGGGCAUGGUAGUUGUACUCAGUUACGGGAAAUAAACAAAGUUAUUUUUGUUAAAGCAUUAGUGAACUGUUAACAAACUCUU